AUGAAGCUCCUUCUCAUAAUCCCAGCCUUAUUACUUCUCGUAGAAGCAACGGCCACCACAAUCGACAUUGUUGAGAAGGAUUUAGAGACAGAGGAUAGUCUCUGGAAUCUCUACGAGCGAUGGAGAAGCCAUCAUACUGUCUCGAGAGAUCUGGAUGAAAAGCAAAAGCGUUUUAAUGUUUUUAAAGAUAACGCUCGUUACAUCCACGAAUUCAACAAACGCAAAGACGCCCCUUACAAGCUACGCCUCAACAAGUUCGCCGAUUUAACAAAUCAGGAAUUCCGCUUCACUCAUGCAGGUUCGCGCAUAAAUCACCACCGCGCACUACGUGGCCCCAGACGCAGCGCCGCAGACUCGUUCAUGUAUCAGAGCCUCGAUACCCGCAGUCUUCCUAUCUCCGUUGAUUGGAGGCAGAAGGGCGCCGUCACUGAUGUGAAGGAUCAAGGCCAAUGCGGGAGUUGUUGGGCGUUUUCGGCGGUGGUGGCAGUGGAGGGAAUAAACCAAAUAAAAACGAAGAAGCUCGUCUCGUUGUCGGAGCAGGAACUUAUCGACUGCGACACUAACGAGAACAAUGGAUGCAAUGGAGGUCUGAUGGAUUACGCUUUUCAGUAUAUUAAGAAAAAUGGAGGAAUUACUUCUGAAGCCGCAUAUCCUUAUGCCGCUCAAGACGGCCGUUGCUUCGCCGAUAGGAAUGUACCUGUGGUUACCAUUGACGGAUACGAAGAUGUUCCUACUAACGAUGAGGAUUCUCUGCUGAAAGCGGUGGCGAAUCAGCCUGUGUCAAUCGCCAUUGAAGCAAGCGGCCAUGAUUUCCAGUUCUACUCUGAGGGAGUUUUCACGGGCAGGUGCGGCAAAGAUUUGGAUCAUGGCGUAGCGAUUGUGGGAUACGGACAAACACAACAGGGGACGAAGUAUUGGAUUGUUAGGAACUCAUGGGGGGCGGAGUGGGGGGAGAAAGGCUACAUAAGAAUGCUUCGUGGCUCCUCCGAUCGAAGCGGGCUGUGCGGCCUUGCAAUGGAGGCUUCUUAUCCCAUCAAAACUUCUCCCAAUCCCAACGACAUGCUCAAGGAUGAACUCUAA